AUCGGUUCCGAAAUCCGUCGAAGAGAAGAUGUUGCCGGCGGUGAUGAUAAUCAAGAGCUCAAAAGAGGGUGUCGAGGAUCAGAAGAUUAUCGUAUAUCCCGAGAGAAGAGCUGACCGGGCCCUUAAAGGAAUUCGGUACGUUUACUCCAAAGUUCGCAACGUUUCUUGUCGUACCAUAGUCCGCCUUUAUGCUAGGUUUGGCCUUCAUCGUUUCAAUUUUCUCAUGGGACAAGAGGUGCAGCCCUGUAACAUAAUGGAGUACACCCAGUCCACUUUUUCUGUUACUUGCUCUUACAAGAUCACUUUCAAAGCCAAGGAUCCUGCUUCUGCCAAGACCAAGCCUACGCUUGCUACUUUUCAGGCUCAAGUUAACGAGAUUGCAUUUAACAGAUUCGCUUUGGUCUUCGCUAAUUCUGGACCUUAUCCUGUGGAAACCAAGAGAUAUCACAUAGAUGAAAGUAAUGUGUUGUGUGGCCACUUUCUCCCACAUUUCAUGCCUAAGUUGCUUACAGAAGAGAAUCCUUUCCAAGAUGACACUGGCCGAUUUCGCCUGCUGAAAAAAACAGAGGUUCUUAAGAAUGAGUGGAUCCAUCUGUAUUUGGAACUUGCGGUUGCCACAACUAAUAGGCGCCGUAUCGAACACGGUGUUGGCGGUCUGAAGAUUCGCAAAGUGGCUAUGGAAAUCCCACGAGACCUUGAGCCCUUUCACAAGGGACUUGACGCCUAUGAUGCUAUUUUCUACAUUAGGUACACUGACCCAUGCAAGGAUCGGGCUGGUGAUGAUGAUGGCGAUCGCCUUGCAUUAGUCAGAAGAAUCGUAGAUGUGCAUUCUGGAAUCUUUAGAAUCGUUGGUUGUACUCAGAGCUUUCAGUCCAUAACACCUCCUGCAGCAUCAAACGGAACUGCUGCCAUGGAAAUGGAAGCGUCUCCACAAGACUAGAAUGAUUCAUAAUUUGAAUACUUAUAAAUGUAGAAGUUCACUCGUAUCAUGUUGAAUAUACAAGUUUGCUAUUUUUCCUAAA